GACGGCAAUCAGCUUAAGAUGUACACAGCUGCCCAUUAAUCUACUGGAAGCAUAAAGUAGACUUGCUUUGAAUUGACCUCCUUUUUCAUGCACAAAAUCUCUAAAUGCACUAGAAAGUGCUCUUAUGGUUUUUUUUCCUUCCCAUUCAGUUGCAUGAAACUUAAUUAGGAAACCAAUGUUCCAACAGUAUUUUUAAGAUUUCCUUAGCAGGACUCAUCUCUGAGUCCUAAUUAUGUUGAGUAGGCUGUGGAAAUAUAAAACCAUGUGUAACGUAGUUGCGUGCUGUGUGGAAACAAGUGGGCUUGUCAGGAUUCCAGCAUGGUGUGUUGUUAGAGGUUAUUCAGUUCCGUGUGUGAAUAGCCCCAUUACAAACUCAAUGCAAAGCCUAGUCAGAGUCUGUGAUUUCAUGUCACUUUAAGCUGCUGAUUUUUUUCUAGGUUAAUCUUCAGUUGGACCUCUUCCUUCAUCUGGCUUGCAGUAUGGCCACAUGCACUCCAAGUGUGAAUUUUAUUUUGGCUGAAACUUAAAAAUUCUUAAAGAACUGGAAAAUUCUUCUAGUUUGAGUAGUGAGGAACAAAUUAUUCUUCUACGGUAGAGCUUGGUGAUUUUACAGUGCAGAUUAAAUAAUGAACUGUCCAUGAUAAUAAGAUCUGGGUCAGCAAGCGAGAACUGUAAACAAUGCAGAGAACACCAACUCAGACGUCAGCCGUACAGACUUGAAAAAGCACAAAACUUAACUUUGUCAACAGCAACCUAGUGCCAAUAUGGCCAAUAGAUGAGAAGCUCUUAACGCUCGAUUAUUUGGACUUCAUGGGGCACUCUUCGAUUGCUGAUUGAUCCUGCGUUACACUUGUGACGGUCAGCUCAAGAGAUCUACCUAGAAGUUAAGUGCUGAGUUGAGCUCUGGGAUUUGGGAAGUGUGAAGAAGUCUGGUCCCUGAAAGAGGUGGGAUGAUAAACUCUGGAGAGAGCAACAACUGAGCAGCUGCUCUCAGACCCCAUUAGUAGGUUGGAUUGCCUGCAAGUGUAAUAGUGGUCACUGAGAGAGGCCGACUCAAAAGGUGAAUUGAUGCCUUCCAGUCCUUGGUUCCAAGUAAUCCACAUUGUGCUAUUUCCCAUCUAGAAAUUCUAAAAAGAGUACUUCUCUACAGAAAUGCCUAUAGAAAAUUCAGGCCUUGACCGGUACAGUUUCUAAAACAGGCCUUUUGUCUUCCAUGUAAGAGUAAAGCCAGUGCCCUCAACUUGGUGCCAGGGGUGCUGUCAUUUUGUCUCUUACAUACGCACACAUACACAAGCUGGUGCAGAAAACGUACGGCUCUUGUACUCAUUGCCUAAUCAAUAGCUGUGUAUUCCACUUUUUUAAAGGAAAGUUCUGUCAGUAGUGGGUUGAUUGUCUGUCUCUUUAGAACUGCUGCGUACAACAGUUCAAGAGUGAGGGUUACACUCCAGAGCUUAAGGAAAGCCCUCUAGGAAUCAGAAGUGGAGGGUUCUUCAUGUUACAGUAGAAUAUUUUAGAAGUGUUCAGAGGGGGACAUUGCCCCUGAGCCGCCUUUAAAGGGUAUAUAGAUAGGUUCAACCACUUUUGAGCAAAUUACUGCUUGGAAGGUUUACUCUUAUCCUUUCUCUUGGAUCAUGCUUUGGAUCCUUUGGUGUUAAGUCUGACUCAUUUGAUUGUGGUGAUCCAAGACGUUCAAGUCACCCAGAUGUUCCUUGUUAUUCAUCCGUCUGGAGAGCACCAUUCUGUAUCAUGCACUGCAAAAGGAAACAUAUGCCCAUACCUUCUUCAUCAAUUUAAGUUAACGCAUCAAACUAGCUAAAGUACUACACAGAGGACCAGAGCAUCACCCAAAAAAAUUUUGUUCAAAUUUGGUGGAUUAAUUUUAAGUGUGUGUACUCUGAGAUGUAUUUGAUGCCUGUUGGUGGAAAGGGAAUUGUUAAGCAAAUUUGCUUGUAGAGAUCCUAUGAGGUACAUAUUUUAAGGCUACAUUUUUUUGGAUUAGCUAUUACAGUCAUGGCUUAAGCUGCCUAAAAUAACUCACCGCUGAUCCAGGAGCCAUGUAGCUGUGUCCACUUGGUGUUGAAUCUGUGGUAAUAUGCUUUGCCUUUGUGAACGCAACCUGUUCAGACAUCGUCUACCUGGUGGUAUGAUUUCAACAUUUGACUCUUAUAAAAAAGGUUUAAAAAUUAACGUACCUGCUUCACAAACCAUGCAAUCUCUAGUAACCAUUGGCUUUUCCCAAGAUGACACUGUAUGAAAAUCAGGUAUCGUAAUAUGCAAAACUCCAUUAAUUCCUUUCCUGAUCUUCCUCCUUGCUAAUUAUCUCUUUUGUUAGUGUGCUGCCCUAGAAAAAAGUCUGAAAUUGUUUCCUGUUUGGUUUCUAAAAUGUUGACAGUACUCAAUGCUUUGUAUCAUGAAUUCCAGGCACACAGAAAUGCUCUUAAUAGUUAUCAUGAUUAAUGGGUAAAGUUAAUAAUUAAUGUUAGUUUGACAUCCCUGUGAGUCAUGAAUGUCCUAUUCUCAAUUUGUAUGUGGGAAAUUGAGACUAGCUCUGCCAAAGGACCUGGGAACAUCAAGAGUUAGGAGCUCCAGUAUCUAAUUUCAGUCUCUUCCCGGAGUCCAGAUUUUGGGAUUAGGCGUGUCAGUUUCCUCUCCAGCGGGCGGUGCCCCGGGGCAGGAUCCAAGGCAGCCAGAAAGCUGAUGAGCGCUGCCAAAGUGAGCUACUACAAGAUGUUUUACCCAAGUGCGGCAUUCCUCUCCACCCUCGCUUCUGAAGCUUUGUACAGCAGAGCGUCAGGCUUGAGGGGCUGGAAAGAGGGAGCAAGAGAAAAUGUAGCUUUGUAGUUUAUGGAUUUGGGAGGAGAUGGGGUUCUCCUCCCUAUUCUAAAACCUAAAUACCUGAAGGGCGGGUGUCAAGAGGAUGGGGCCAGACUCUUUUCAGUGGUGCCCAACGACAGGCCAAGGGGCAAUGGGCACAAGUUGGAACACAGGAAGUUGCACCUAAACGUGAGAAGAAACUGCUUUCCUGUGAGGGUGCCAGCGCAGUGGCACAGGCUGCCCAGGGAGGGUGUGGAGUCUCCUUCUCUGGAGAUAUUCAAAAUCUGCCUGGACACGUUUCUGUGUCCCCUGCUCUAGGUGUGCCUGCUCAAGCAGGGGGGUUGGAUGAGAUGAUCUCCAGAGGUCCCUUCCAACCCCUACUGUUCUGUGAUUCCCAAUGCUUUGUGUAUUUUUCACACUUACUACAAAAUAUUAAAUUGAUUAUUUUUCUCCCCUCUCCCUGUUCAAUAUGAAACACCAAGGCAGUCUCAGGAACAUGAGGCUGAUCCAGCUGUGUUCCUACAGGUGCUCAGGGCCAUUCUCUUUUCCUCCCGCCAACUUCCCCUGUGGCUCUGGUGUUCUCUGCUGUGCGGUAACACAACCUCAACAGGCUGAAGAAUGAAUGUACGUGCAUCCAGUCUCAGUGAGGGACAUAAGUGCUUUCCACAAAAGGUCCCUUUAUGUGGCAAUGCCUUGGACAAGUGCACUGGUUUACAGCCCUGGCCCGUUCAAUGUAUGUGAGCACAACCUUGUUUCCAUAGAGGUUGCCUGAUUCUGGCAUUCGCUCUAAAAGGUCUCCUGGGGCAGCUGAGGAGAGCCAUCGCCAUGAUCCCUACACUGCUCUUGCUGAGCCUUACAGCCCUUGUUGCUCCAUCCAUGAGUUACAGUUGCUAUGGUGAUAUAAGUGCUCUUCAAGCCCCCACGGUCUCCUGUACAUCUGUAAGAGCCCCAGAGUGUGCACGACUUGCCAUGGUACAGAGGACUGCUGAGGCAGACAUGGUACGCCUGAGGAAAUAUGAGAUCCCAAUUAAGAGAGUAGCCAGAAACCUGUGCUUGGACCCGGCACUCAUUGCUGCCGUCAUCUCGCAGGAAAGCCGUGCCGGCCUGCUCCUGGACAACGGCUGGGACCGGGAUCAGCAGAAGUAUGGCUUGAUGCAGAUUAACAGGCAGCAAUACCAGCGUUCUGGAGUGUGGGAUAGUGAAGAUCACAUAAACCAGGGCUCAACUAUCCUGGUUCUUUCAAUUAAUGAAGUACAGGCAAGACAUCCUACCUGGACCUUGGACCGGCAGCUGAGAGGGGGACUUUGCACCUACCAUGCAAAAACGGGCAACCUCCAGGUCUACGAGGAAGACCCAUGUGACAGAGACGACUACUACGCCAACAGUGUGAUUAGGCGAGCCCAUUACUUUAAGAGUCAUGGGUUCUAGCUCAUAAACACACCCUGCCACCAAGCCUCUCCUCUACACAGGCUAACCCAGUAGUGAUCGUAGUACCCAGAGCAGUUCCUCAGGGUUCCUGGCAGGACUGAUGCUGGUGGCACUGGCACCACAACCACCUCAGUCGCUCCAGCAGUCCCCAGCUCCCCGCUCACCAAUGGGCAAGCUCAACAGUGCCUUCCAGGGGACCCGCAGGUAUGAGAAACCACAAGCCUGGGGCAGAUGGGGACAGACCAGCAAUGUUUAAGUGUCAGGUGAGGAAGGUGCUUCUUCCUGUUUGAAGCUGAACUCAGGGCUGCUUGUACAUCCCCCAGGUGCAGGCAUGCAAGCAGCUCUCCCUGGGAAUUGGCUGUGCUCUUACUAUCUCCUUCACCCACCUUCCCUCUCCCCAGCCAAUACGAGGGAGAAGCCCCCGAGUUGAAAUCUUCCUUCCCCUUGAUGGUGCUACCUACUAGGCAAUGAAGAGACUUCUUGACGAGCCUCUGGCCUCUGCAUGUUUCUGCACUAGCUGUGUAUUCCCAUGGCCAGCCUUGUGGGGGACAAUGCUAAGCACAUUUCUGUUAGUCUCCUAAACCAUGGAGCCCAUGGCCACAGUGGGGCUGGAGACCUCUUCAGGGUGAAAAGCAGCCUCACACAAAGGGAAAACCUCUAAAUGAGAAGUACUACAAGUGUCACAGCAGGCAGGCAAAACACCUUUCCAUUAGACAACAGCCCUUUGAGCAGGAGCCAGCCCUGUAUGUACCCUCCCCAGGAACCAUAUUACAAUAGGGUUCAUAAAAAAGACCCACAACUUUUCCUGCUUUAUCUUUGGCACCUUUAUGCUGGGUUUCCUCGGAGUUUAAAAGUGUUUCAGCAUCUGUCCCUUUGCCAGAAAUACCAACUUCUAAUGAGGAGAGAAUUAGCUCUGGGUUUAUAAGCUCUGUUUGAAAGUGUUCUUCAAUGUGGAUGGGUCUGGGUGCAAAUUUAGGUUUACUGAGAAUAAGAGAGAAAAUAAAGAUAAAUGUUGAAUCCCAAUCUUUUUUUUUUUUUUUUUUAAUUUCCUGGGGCCCAGUGGGUGGCAACCUGGAACUUGAGUGAAUAACCCAAUUUAGUCCUUUUGGAAUGGGUCUAAACCUCAAUUUUGAGCACAGGGAGAGGAAAAUGGUGCUGUAGACUGGGGUGGGUGAGAAAAGCAGGGCUGGGUAGCAGGGCACUAGGCAGCCUGAGCCUGGCUGCUGCACCCAAACCUGUGAACAGGGGAAUAAGGGCAUUCAUGUUUAGCCUUUUGAAUAACCUUUUUGGAGGCGUCAGGGCACCUUUCUGCUGGGUGUCACCAUUGCCAAUGCAGAAGUGAUGUGCCUGGCAGUCCCUGCCUGGCAGCACGGGGCUGUGCUCCACAUGUUCCUGGAUUGUCAGGCAGGGUCAAUGCAGGCAGUGUGAGAGCUGAUUUGGAGUUAGUUUUUGCAAGAGGAGCAAUUUUAAUGCUGCGCUCCUUGUCUUGCCAGUCACUCAUCUGCUUACCGAUAUGGCAAGGACUGUGCGUGAUUGAAGUAUUUGCAAUCAAACACAUUUUGUCAUCUCUGGAGACCAGAGGGAGCUCUAGGAUAUCUCUACUGUUACUGAUUUUUUUUUUUAAGACUACAGAAAACAGUUCAUUGUUGAGCAACCAGAGGUAUUAAACUAUAUAUUAUUUAGUCUCCAGUGAAUCCUGCACUUUAUUAAGAUAAUUUUAGUAAGAUCAUUACUUUGUAAUACACACUUGUGAAACAUAUCACACGGUUUGAUUGCCUUUACUUGAAAUAACUUACGUAAAAUCCAUACGUUGAAGUCUUUGCUGCAUUAUGUUAUAUAUAAACCCCUCUGUUACACAAACCUCUAUGUAAAACCUAUGAAUGCAUUUUUGGUUUUGGGCAUGGAAUCUCAUCACUGCCUAUGUGUAUAAAGUUGUUUUUUGAGUUUGGAGGAUGAACAAGAGAACAGCUUGAACAAAGAGAACUUUCUUUGGUU